AUGUGCGGCCCAGACACUUGCACCAAACCCCGAGGCGGCGCUUUGGCUGUGCUCAACCAGCCCUUCAGCCAGCCUGAAGCAACGGGAACAAGUCCACGGCUGCGAGGCGAUCUGGCAUUCCACACCCCGGGGCAGCCGUCAUGUGCCUAUGCGACGCACGCGAGAAUCACGGGCGGCAACAACUGCGACCUGCAGGCCCUGGCCGACAUGGUUGUCGUUAUACACAAAUCCGGGGACCUCACGCGAAGAAUCGAAGACUGCGGGCUCUUCCGCCGCAUCGCCUUCUCCGGCGCCUCGGUCCUCGAGAACGGCUCGACGGUCGAGCUGGCCUUGCAGCAACCGAUCUCGCUGCAGGUCGGGGAUGACGGCAUCAUCGGGCGGAGAGUCUCGGUGUUUCCCAGGUCGGAGAUGGAUACAGCCUGUGCGGAGGGCAUCGUCGGCUUCAACUUUGUGAACUCGCUCUGA